AUGACAGUGGUCACCGUGUUUGUCACAUCUCCCGAUACACGUUCCGAAAGACGUUAUGAUUUGCACCUCACCGUGGCGCAACUAAAGGACAAGCUUGAACUCAUCACGGGGAUCCCAGUCAGCAACCAGUCAAUCUCUGUUCUAGAUUCUGAGGAGGACACUCGAGCCGUCACCACAUUAUCCGACGAUUCGCAGCAGCUGGGUUUUUAUGGUCUGAAAGACUUCCAGGUUCUGAAAGUGGACGACACGAACCCAUCAGUAACUCUCACAGGCCAGCUUACGGACGUCUCGCAAGUGGAAAAGUUCGAGCUGAGCGAUGAAGCUUACGCACAGAGGCAAGAUACAGUGUUGCAGUACAAGCAACGCAACAAAGUUGGACGCUUUGCCCCCAAGGAGGAUGCAGAGAAAUCAGCUCCUCUUCCACACAUAGAUAUACCAAUUGGUUCUCGGUGUGAAGUUGACAGUACCGAGGAAUCUCUACAUAAACGGGGUACUGUUCGUUUCGUCGGCCCAACCAACUUUGCCAACAAGGAGGGUAUGUGGGUUGGCGUCGAAUUCGACGAGCCCAUGGGUAAGAAUGAUGGAUCAGUACACGGGGAACGUUACUUUUCAUGUCGGCCAAACUACGGCAUCUUUGUACGACCUGAUCGAGUCAAAGUUGGCGACUAUCCUGUGGAGGAACUUAACCUUGACGACGAGGAGAUGUAA